AUGCCCUCACUCUGGCGCAAGCUAAGUACAGUUAUCAGGUGGGACAGCUCAGACCCCGAGCGGGCUCCUCCUCCGCUGCCCUUGAACCCGCAGUCGCCUGUCACGGCUACUUCCCGCGCAGGCACCUCGUCUGCCAUCCAGACUGCACAUGCCGCCCUCACAGAAAAAGCCCGCGAGAACCAGCUCGUGCCACAUCCUCUCACAAAACGAACCCCAGACGUCUCUCCCGAGAGGACCACCGGCAGGGGCGCUGCGCACCGGCGCAUGCAGUCAUUGCAGCCGUCGUCGGUUCGCGACCUGAGCCUGAUGAUCGAGGGGGGUGGCUCUCCCACAAGAUCACCAGAAAGGAAGGAGAGACCAACAACCCCGUCCCGAACCAACACAGAUACUUCCGUAGGACACAAUCUGGAUGAGAAGGACGAGAAACAGAUCAGCCUCACCCCCCUCGGUCAGAGCCUAACGCCCGUACUAAGGCCGACUCCGAGGCGUCCUCAGAGUAUUCUCGGCGAGAAUACACCCCCACAGUCCGCGACUAUGCUGGCACUUCAGACAAUGUCAACUCCGAAAGAUUCCCCCCGCGAGAGGGACGCCGACAAGCCCCUAGCCAACGUCACCAAUGGCGCCACAGGGGCGGCAAGGCCUCAACCACAGCUGGACACCCUCUCGGGCCAAAUUCUGAAUCUGACGAGCAUAGCAACAGCGCUGCAAAAGGAGAUGUCGCAGCUGAGCCGACGAAGCAGGGAUAAUGCUACAGACUUGCUGAGCUUGAAGGAAGCUACUCACACCCGUGAUGAGGACAUCAGGAAGCACCUACGUGACCUGCUUCAUAACAUGGAGGAAGUCCACUCACGGACAACAUCGCGAGACUUGCAUGGGGGGCCACUCUUGCUCGACAACAAACCGUAUUCGCUCUCUCCCUCCUCGAAAAUCAGCUCAAACUCUCGCCCUUUCGCAUUACCUCGCAUUCCAUCACCAAAUAGUUUUUCAGCGUCGCUAGAUCGGGACAGCGUUAGCACUCCGUCACUAUAUGGCAGUGAUCCGUCCGCCUCGGUAACACUCCUCGAAAAGAUCAUUCGUGAGAUGGGAACCAAGGAUGGCCAGGAAAAACUUUUGACUCGGCUGUCCGACCUGGCCGAGAAACUCAAUGGCUCGGUUGUCGAGAAGAAGGUUGAGGAUCUCCAGCGUCUUAUUAAGAACAACAUGGAUCAGUCUGUUGUCCUUGCUCAGCCUGGUGGCAGUGGAGCUGUCAGGGGCAAGCCAGGACUGCCCAGGAAUAUGAGUUUCGAUGAAGGAGCUGAGAUGUACAGUAACAGGUCCUUGGAAUCCCGUGUGGACCAACUCGUCCAGGAUAAGGACAUGCGUCGGGCCUCAGCACCCAUGGCGAGAGCAGCUGCUGAUCUGAUCAGUGAUGAUAUUGUCAAAAUCAUCCGCACCGUCAAGGACAGCGUCGCACAAGGAGGAGGCCUGACGGCUGAGGUUAAGGCUCUUGUUCGAGAGCUUCGCGGCGAGGUUCUCGGCAUGGGGCGUGAGAUCGGCCGCAGGCUUGACGACGUCGGUGAGACGAGCCAGGCCAAGUCCGCUGCAGCAACAAAGGCCGAAAUCAACAAGGUUGUCGGAGAGGGGCUUCUUGAGAUGAAGGACCACAUCAACCGCGUCACAAAAGAGCACCACCGACAAUCGCAAGCCAUCGUGGCUGCCAACAAGCCGCCCACAGUGGACUAUCACGAGAUUUACAAUGCGUUGAGGACAGCGCUCAAGGACUCGAAAGCACUGCAAAAGGAUGCUCCUGAACUUCAGAGGGAGGACGUCAUUGAAGCUGUCAGAGACGCAUGGGAAAGGUACAAACCAGAAAUCACCGUGGAACAGGUCGGUCUCGAGAGGGAUGAGGUCCUCGCCUGUCUCAAAGAGGGCUUCAUGCAAUAUGCACCAAAAGAUGACAAACCUCAAGCAGCGACACGGGAGGAGGUCUUCAAAGCAGUGGUAGAAGGCCUGCAACACUUCUCGCCUCCGCCGAUCGACGUCCCACCUGCACUGUCCCGUGACGAGAUCGUCGAAGCCGUUCGGGACUGCCUCGAGGAAUUUGAAUUCCCCGUGGCCGCAUCUGCUUUGGGAGCAGACCUUUCCAAGCAGGACAUGAUCGACGCCGUUAAGCAGGGCCUCGAGACUCUGGAGCUGCCCGCAAAGGAUAGAGGCCCUCUAGUCCCAUUCCAAGGCAACAAUGAGGAGAUCAUUGGACGCCUUCACGAAAUUAUGGAGUCCAUGCAUGAGGAGUUCAAGGCUGUUUCUCUGGAGGCCAAGCAAAAUGUUGCUGCCAACGGCCGAGAUACUGAGCAGGUCCUCGAUGCUACCAAAGAUGGUUUCGAAAGACUGCGAACCGAUAUUGAGGGCUAUGUCGACAGGGCCACCGGUGUCGCGAGUCAAGAAGAGUUCAUGGAGGGGCUCCUGAAGAGCCUUGACGACUUUCGUGACGAGAUUGGGGACCUUGUCUCCAAGCAGGGUGACGGAUCCAGGGUCCUGAUCAAAGAGGAGAUAGAGGCUCUGCGAGAAACGGUCAAUGGCACAUUGGUACCGGUGACUCCACAAGCUCAGCACGGAGGCCACGAAGAAGUCAUCAAUGCACUGCAGGAAGGGCUUGGUAGCCUCAGACAAGAAAUCAGUCAGCGUCCGAUUGCCGGAACAAAUGAGGUCCUCGAUGCACUACAGGAGGGUCUGAACGAUCUGAAGGUCAGCAUUGAGAAGAUCGCCGACAAACCCGCUGAUAUGACCGCCAACGACGAGGUCCUUGAUGCUCUCAAGUCCGGUCUCGACGGUGUCAAGUCUGACAUCGAAGGCCUACGUGAGAACAGUAAGGCUUUGGCACCGAUCAGCGCCGAUGCCAUCGUGCCAGCGGAUAUGCUGAAACAAGAUGAUAUUAAGAACCUCGAAGUGCUCAUCUCACAACUCCGCAUCAAGGUUGAGGCUAUGGAAAGCCCACCGCCUCAACCCGCGCCCGCGCCAGCUGAGUCAGGCCCGUCUUUUACGAAAGACGACCUCGAACUUAUGGUGGAGAUGUUGGACAGCAUUAAGCUCCAAGUCGAUGACUUGGCCAGCAGGGAGACGCCGGCUCCAAGAGAAGGGCCCGCCCCCACCGAUGCUGCGACGAGAGAAGACAUUGAAGCCAUUGAGACAAUUCUUCGCAACACAAAGGCACGUCUUGAUGACCUCAUGGAUGGAGAGCAGGCAAUUCGCAAGGACCACGUCGACGCACUUGAGGCCUUAAUUCUCGAGACGAAAGAAGGACUUGGCAGCCUGACCACGAAGCUCGAGGACAUCUCACACCGUGAGGAUACCAAGGCCGUCGAGUCUCUCGUCACUCAGCUUGUUGGUGCCUUCGAUGAUCUGAAGGAGCGUCACGAAAAGCAGCUCGAAGAUCCGGAGAAGGUGACCAAGACCGACACAGACGCCAUUGAGGCGGUGUGUCUCGACGUCAAGGCUGUUGUCGAGCAGAUGGUCAAGUCUGACAUUGCCGCACUCCCUUCAAAGGACGACCUGAAGAGCCUCGAAACCUUAGUCACGGAGUUCAAAGAGCUUUCGGAGAAGCAGAACACGGAAUUCAAGGAGGCCACGGAAAAGCAAGCCACGGAGCUGAAGGAGGCAACUGAAAAGCACGCGACCGAGCUCAAGGAGCUGGCGGACAAGCAUGCCGAGACCAACGCCAAGCAGUUCGAGGAGCGUCAGGCAGAGACUGUUGGUGUCGCUGAUCGGGUGACGGAAGUCAAGACGUUCCUCGAGGAGAUGCAAACCAUGGUAAAGGAGAAGCUCGAGGGAGGUGCCACUGGCGUUGAGGGCCUGAGCAAGUCCCUUGAGACCCUGGGCGAGACAAUCGGCGCGAAUGCCAGUGUCCACUCGGAUCUCAAGGAGAUGUUCGAGACCAUGAAGACCGAAUUCGAAGAUUCCAAGGCCGGCGUGGUCGGCGCGAAGCUCGAGACGGACGAGAAAAUUGAUUCGACAACCGACACACUUCGAGCCAAGAUUGAUGAACGCAUCGACGAAGUGAUUACCAAAUACGACGAAUUUCAGACCGCCCUGGAGGAACGCCACAAGACUGCAGACACCCGUGACGAGCACCUCGAGGAGUCUGUCGUCGGCACGAAGGCUGUUGCUGAAGAGCUCAAGACCCUCAUCGACACGCUGGGCUCUACUGUGACUGACUCACUGGAAAAGAUGGAAGAGGCGUCGAAAACCGUCUUCACUCGUGUCGAGGAUAUGUACCUAAAGUCUGACGACAACCACACCGACAACAAGGCGGAGCACACUCAGACUCGCGAUCAAGUCAAGGAAGCCAUGGGUGUGUUCGAAGGGCUCAAGGGCGAGGUCAGCGAGUUCCAGCCCAAGAUCCUCGAAGCAGUCCAGGAUGUCCUCACCAUGGUCGACCAACACUUUGAGCACUCCAAGACGUCCGUCAACGAGAUGCAGGAGAAGAUCAGCCAAAAGAUCGAAGAGGCUAAGCCCGAACCACUCAUGCUGCCGCCUCCGCCCGAGAAAUAUGACGACUCUGGCGUCCACGAGAAGCUCGACAAGCUCGUAGACCACACCGCAACAACCGACAAGUCCCUCGAGCAGCUGAGCACGCUCGAGAAGGUCCACAGCGAGGUCGUCAAGACGGCUGCAGAGCUCUCGGCGUUCCUGGCAUCCCAGACCCAGCGGAUCGAGGACGACCACGAGGACAUGGAAAAGACACUCCAGGAGACGGUCAAAACUUUACAUGAGACCAAUGUUGCCCUGGAGCGCAGACUUGCCCAGAAAGACCAGGCCGAGGUAACCAUUGUGGAUCUCCAGAUGGAAGAGGACCGUCUACGGGAUAGCAUUGUCGGGUUAAAGGUGGAGCAGGAGAGCCUUGUUAGGCAGAAGGUCAAGCUCACCGGCGAUGUAUCUUCCCUGGAGACGGCACUUAAGCUGCGCCGCGAGGAGCUCCAUGACAUGGAGUUCCGGGCAGAGGCGCUGGAACGACGCAUCCUGGAGGGCGUCAUGGACCAAAGCAGGAUCCUUCUCAUGGCCAAGUCAAGCAAGAAGGACCGUGAGACCCGUGAUAUCAUGAGUCGCAAGCGGGUGACGUCGAAGCAGAAGCCCGCUGAGGACAGCAUUCCUGAGGAGAAGCCAACGGCACCUUCCAAGUCAGGCGGCCACCACCAGACGGCCUUCAAGACUGCCGUGAACUCCAAGCGCAACGGCCUUCAGCCGCCACAGCAGACCCGCCGCAUCCUGUCGCUGAGCCAGCUUAACAAGCAGUCAGGCCUCAGUGCUGCGACAGUCGCAGGUGGCGCUGGAUUCAAGAGGAGUCAGAGCGUCAAGACUCUCGGUGGCGCAGGGGCCCUCCGGAAGUCGAGCUGGAACGGGCGGGCGAAUGCCGGCAAGAAGGGCUACGGUGACCUCCACGCUGGUGGCGAAGGCGACAAGGAGAAUGUCAACAUGGACGUCGUCGCGCUUAGAGAGAGCGACGAGGAAGGGUUUGACGAGACUCCUGCCAGCGAGCACCCAGGCGGGGAGGUUGUCCUUGUUGGUGGCGGUGGCGGUGCUGUGGGAGCGUCGGAGCUCAGCGGCAGCACGUUGAGUGAUAACUGGAGCGAUCCAGGCACCGAGAGCCUCGUCGAUGGUGGCAGUGCUGUGAGUGAGGAUUUCACUGAUGCCGGCACCGAGAGUCUUGUCGAUGGUAGCCAGGCCGACGACCGGGAAGGCGAUCAUAGCGACACGGAAACGCUGCGGCGGUCAAGUGUGCGCAGUGGUUCGGUGACAGGGUCGGAGUACACGGACGCACGAACCGAGGAGCAGGACCCUUAUGAUACGUACUCUGACUCGGGUAGCGACUGGACAGAAAGCGCGGUGGGCAGCUCGCUUGUCACUGACAGCGUUGUAAGUGGCUCGGAGAGCGAGAACGGACUCGGCGCGACCAGCACGAUAGGUGAUGGAGCGUCCUCUGUGGGAGGUCAACCUGCCCUGUUGGAGGGCUAG